UUUCUAUAGAUUGCUGACGCUGAACAGCUAAGAACAGCACCGGCUGACGCUUGCCCUGGACUGCAUAUGUUGGCUGAAGUAUCUCCAAAAAAGUCCAGUUGCUUAGUAGGCACACAAGCUAUAGCGUUCGCUUCUUGGAGCCAGCCCAGAUCACGAUCCCACGGUAUUAACAUCGGCAAAGCACCUAAACCUAUGUGUUAAGUGCUCCGGAUACACUCUUAGGUCGCUGUCAUAGGGCUGCAUCAUACAAUGGCACAGCUACUCAGCUUCCUGUUUCAAUCCCAUUUGUCGGGGGCAGCAGUUAUCCCGGCUAUUAGCGUUUCUGCAGCACAUUCGAUGGCUGGCAGCGCGUUGCGUUCGGCAAGGAGGCUGCAUUCCACCGCAUGUCCCUUGGCCGAGCACGCGUGGGCGUCCCAGCAGACACGUUGCGAACAUGUCCGCCAGAUGCAAACGGCGACUGAGGGAUCAGCAGCGCAGCCCAGCGCCUGCACAGGAGCGCCAAACCAACGGCAACAACUUGCGAGCCUUAACGGCAUUAUACCGCUUUCCCAGGGAGCGGCCGUUCAGGUUCAAGCGGACGCUAUUCCAGCACCCCCGGGGUUGACAGGAUACUCGUUGCCCUCCCUGCAUCAUGAUUUGAGCCAAGCUCAACGGCGAGCUCAGUACACCAGCAGCAGCUUGCGUGCAUCCACCAACGCCUCAUCACCCCUCGGAGCCCACGGUGCUGCAGCGCGCUGGCCGCAGUUGCAGGCGCACUUCCUGACUCCCGAUGGCUCCUUGGACCGCAGCUGCCGGCGCUACCAAACCCUCACACCCACCCUGCAGGCGGACAUUCAGGCGUCUGCCCUCAAGAAACAGACCGGCGUCAGUCUGAAGUACCUGCUUGACUUCGGCACCCAGCCUCUGGAGCGUCAGAUGCUGCUGUCCGCCCGCUUCCUGCAUUCGGAGCUGCCGGUGCGGCUGGCGCACCGCCUCAUGGACCUCAACAACCUGCCGCAAAAGCUGACCAACGAGCCGCACGUCAAGCGUGUCAAGGGCUGGUACGCGGAGUCGUUCGCCGACUUCCGCGCCUUCCCGCCCAUCAAGGACAACGUGGACGUGGUCAAGUUCACGGCCAUGCUGCGGAACGCCUUCCGCCGCCACAACAACGUGGUGCCCGCCAUCGCCAAGGGAGUGGAGGUGUACAAGCGGGAGCUGGAGCGCACCGGCGAGUCCAGUCAGGAGCGCGAGAGUGAGAUCCAGCACUUCCUGGACACCUUCUUCCUGUCGCGCAUCGCCAUCCGCUUCCUGGCGGGGCAGCACAUCUCCAUGUUCGAGCCGCCGCGGCCCGAGCACAUCGGCCUGGUGCACACCAAGUGCAACCCCUUCCUGGUUGCCUCCGAGGCGGUUUCGGAGGCCCGCUCCAUCUGCUUCCGCGAGUACGGCGGCGCGCCCAACGUGACGGUGCUGGGCAACAGCGACCUCACCAUGGCGUACGUGCCCUCGCACCUGCACCACAUGGUGUUCGAGCUGGUCAAGAACAGCCUGCGGGCGGUGCAGGAGCGCUUCGGGGACAGCGACGACGAGCCGCCCCCGAUCGUGGUGGUGGUGGCGGAGGGGCUGGAGGACGUGACCAUCAAGGUGUCCGACCAGGGCGGCGGCAUCCCCCGCUCCGGGCUGCAGCGCAUCUGGACCUACCUCUACACCACCGCCCGCUCGCCGCUGCCCGAGGUGGACAUCGACACCUCCAACAUGCCCGCAGUGCUGGCGGGGUACGGCUGCGGACUGCCGCUCAGCAGGCUGUACGCGAGGUACUUUGGCGGCGACCUGCAGAUCAUCUCCAUGGAGGGCUACGGCACGGACGCCUACCUGCACCUGGCACGACUGGGCAACGACGAGGAGCCGCUGCCGGGAGCGGUGUGAGCCUCGUGAGCGGCAGUUGGGGGGAUUAGAUAAACUGAGCUGAGUUUGGGGGGGUAGGGGGGGUGCAGCAGCGGUGGGGGGGGAGGGACGGAUGAAGAGGCUGCAAGCUGUGGUCUUGCCGGACAUCGGACAUGGGACGUCAUCAUCCUCAUCAGAAGCGCUGUGACGCCAUCGACUGUCGUACCGCCAUUCAUACAUUUCGUCACUGCCAGCUAGCAUACGUUUGCUGUACCGCGGUUGGCGGUGGCAGGCUGGGGCCUGGGGUCUUGUUGGGGAGCUGCAGGUUGUGUAGCUUGUAGCAAAUACCUCUUGGCGUUAGGGGCGGUAUCAUCCGGAUGGGUCCUGGGAAGGCGGCGGUUAUUGGUAGGCAGCGUGCGCGAUCGCCCGAUGCGUACAAGGACUAUGCGUUCGGGUCCGUUGGGAGUGAGUUGUGGCUUAACUGUGCUGUGCUCAGACAGGCCUUUUCUGCGUGCGCGCAUGUGAGAGUGGUAGGGCGGCUUUGGCAGAAGGGGGUUAAGCAUGAUGAACUGCGUCAUGUUUGGGCAUGCAGGGAAGAUUGCGAGGUCUAGAGACCUAUCUACAUUGACCUAUCUUAUUGAUCAUUGUUGGAUGAGUCUGCACAAUUUAACCUAACUUUUGGUUAUCUUUUAUAUGGUAUCAAGGGGGGGGUAGUUUCGCCUCAAAAUGACUCCAUGCUUCAAUAUUAAAGAACUCAACGAGAGCAUUCCAAUUCCGCUUUCAGAAUUGUAAUCGGAGUUGUACGGAAAAAGU